CUUCCCACGAUCUUGUACGGGGGGAUUCAAGGGACUGGUUUCUACAUAAAGAGCCCGCGGAAAAAUAAUCCGCAUCUAGUUUACCUAAAAUGGACCAGAGAGACGGCUCCGACUUUAUCCCCAGCGGCAGCAAUUCCUCCGCCGACGAGCAUGAGCGUCCGCGCCCGAAGCGCCGCCGGAGACCAACCUCUCCCCCAUCAUCAUCCGCCCCGGUCCCGGCCCCCAAACGUCAAAAACCCGCUUUUAACCCGCGAUACCUACGCCUUCUCAACUCAGACAUCACCGACACCGCGUCGGGGCUCCUCCUAACCGAUCCAGCACCCACCACCCUCCCCCUUCUCGACCUCGAGCCCACGCAGCUCGGCGCCGUUUCCUGGGCCGUCCCGGAGAAGCAGUCCUUCUUCGCCGCCCUAGCGCGGCUCGGCCGCGACGACGUAUCCGGCAUCGCGUCGCGGAUCGGGAGCAAGAGCGCGCUCGAAGUGCGGCAGUACCUGUACCACCUGGACGCCGCGGACCGCGCACGGCGCGCCGGGAGCAAACGGCGUCGGGGCAUCGGGCCCCUGGCCAUGCCCGCGGCGGCCGAGCUGGGCGCCGAACUCACGGCCGCUCUCGACGGCGCGGCCGACGCGCUCGCCCUGCGCCAGGAGGUGUACGAGGCGUCGCUGGAGCAGAAGCGCUGGGGCGGGCGGUGGCUCGUGACGGCGUCGCUGGCGGGCGUCCUCGAGACGCGGUUCCGGCAGGAGGGUUUGGAUCAAACUGCUGCUGCUGCGUCGUCUCACAAUCAUCACCAACAGCAUUCCGGCCUACCGCCCUUCGUGGAGUUGUUCCACCUGCGCAAUUGGCUCAGGCUCUCGGACCGCGUGUUUAUGAACUCGGGCGUGGAGGACGGGAACUGGCGCUGCGUGGCCGAGGCCGAGGCCGAGGUCGACGGGCCCCCGGCGAUCCGGGCUACGGCGCUCGCGGACUUCUACUCGCUGACGCUGAGUAUUACGAGGCGGCUCGUGAGCGCGGCGCUGUAUGUGGCGAGCUCGCGGAUACGGAUGAAGCGCGCUGUAGACCCGACGCGGCACAGUGCGCUUGUGAAGAAGAAUGACGUUUGGGCUGCCGCGGCAUCUAUAGGGUUGAAGGAAGGCAGCCGUGAAUUUUGGGCCAAGGCGGCAAGGCGGUUGAGGUUGGAUGUUUUUGAUGAUGACGAUGAAUAUGAGACGAGCGGAGAGGAAGAUGAUGGGAAUGAAGAUGAUAUGGUGGGGGAUGAGGAUCAAAGUUCAUUCGAGGAAAGGGAGGGUCGGGAUAUGGAUGUUGAUACUGCAUCCAAAGGAAAUAUAAACGAAGAAGAUGCCGUUCCAGGUAUAGAAGAACAGCAAGAUCAAGAAGACGAUUACGAAAUAAUGUCCUACGACGCCGUCGAAGCCGCUCUCAGCUUUCCAAAUUCUAGCACGAACACAAUUAGCGACUCCCUGGACGAACCAGGACUUGGCUCAAGAUCCGGAUUCAACAUCCCCAUCGACUCCGACUCCGACUCCCUAUCAGAAACCUCCGAAACCAACGACCCAGACCCAGACCCAGACCCAGACCCGGACAUAGACCAGCCCUCCUCGCCCCCAAUCGACAGCGCCCUCCUAUCCGCCGAUCUAACCGAAGCCCUGACCUACAGCGCGCUAGACCACAUCCCGACCUCGCGGUCCAAGCAAGCCCUCACCCACCGCCUCAAGGCCGAGCAACGCCUAUGGGCCGACGCCGACGCCCUCGAUGCCGCGGCCAGCGCGGCCGAAGAGGCGCGGCUGUGGGCUAUGCUGCGAGGCGAUCCCGCUAAGCCGGAGACCGAGUCUCCUAAGCCGGACCCGGGGCCGGCGUUACUAGGAUUGGGAAUGGGUGGCAGCGGCGGUAGUAGUAAGAGGUCGGUCUUGGAGGACCAGGGCGAGAAUUGGAGGGAUCGGAUGGAAUAUUACAGCGCGUGGGAGUUGACCGCCGAGCGGAAUCGGUUGCAAGGUUACAAUGACUAGUAGGGCGCAAUGUGUAUAUCACAGACCUGUUCCUACAAUAAAUAUUAUGUUCGAAAGACCUACUAAAUUCCCUAGAACUUGCCUAUACUUAUAACACCCACCCAGUUAAGCAGAUCCAGAAAGAACUAGUAACCAGUUUCCCUUUUCUUUUUAAAAAAACAACUCUUUUUCCAUUUGUCACGGACGUGUCCUAUUUAUGAGUACCUAAUUGAUCUUAUCUUGCUUUAUUGGUAAUACACUGCCCCCUUCGUAGAAAGAGCACGAUAGAGACAC